CAGUAUUUAUGAAUAUAUAACGAUACUAACCACAUCUGUACCUAUAGGUAUAUGAGUAUACCUCAUUGCUGUAUCGUGAGUUGACUUCUUUACACGUGUUGUGGAUGUAGCGAAGAUGUUUUCAAUAAAGUUUCUGUUUUUGUUAAUUAGUGCAAACGUGUUAAUUACUUUUGGAGAACCACCCAAAACUUUUUUCCGUCCCGACUACGAGAAAUACAUGCCAGAAACAGAUAGUUUUUAUAAAAUUUACACGCAACAUAAGACUUUUGAUGAUGCGAAGGAGACUUGUGAAUUAGAUGGAGCAGAAUUGUUUUAUCCGGAAGAUGAAGACGAAGCUAAGGCUGUGAUAUCAUACUGGCAGGAAACUCAAAGGUUCCACUGGAUUAUAAUCGGCGUUCACGCACCGUUUGCGCCAGACGUUUUCGUAACGAUUCAUGGUGCUUCAAUAAACAAUGUUUACAAAAAAUGGGGUCAAGCCGAACCAAAUAGUUUAGAGGUAUUGAAAAGUUGUGUUAUUUUGCGAUACACGUUAAGCAUUAGCGAUGCUGUCUGCAAUAAUCUCUACCCCUUUAUUUGUAAGAAACGAGCAAGCACGAUUCGUUGGAAUAGUCUGUGUGAUUUACCAAAUACAAGUUACAAAUACGUGGAACAAUUAGGUAGAUGUUACAAGUUUCACACAAAUCCAAGAAACUGGACGGAGGCUUUCCGAGCUUGCAAUGCCGAGCAGGCGUACUUGGCUAUCAUAGACAGUCAGGCAGAAGCGGAUCACCUCGUGAACGUCACAAAGAUGGCGAAAAAAGAUGACGUGGAAGGCCGCUAUCUUCGAGGUGCCAUUCAUUUAGGAUUUGUUAAGAAGAAUUCAGUGUGGCGUUCUAUUAUGGGUCGGCCUCUCAAAGCCCUCGGCUACAAGAUGUGGGGCACAAACCAACCCGACGGAGGAGAUAGAGAGAACUGCGGCUCCAUGUUCUACAAUGGCAAACUGAACGACAUCGGAUGCAAUCAGCAAUGCUUUUUCAUAUGCGAAAGGGAGAUACCGCUAUUAGAAAACUCCAUUAACUUAAGGUUCGGUGAUUACGAAGAUGUCCAGUAAUUGCAAGUCAAUUACUUGUUAUUUGGAUUACAGUUUUCAGUAAAGCAGCUGUCAAAGUUCGCUUCUAUUUUAAAACGGGUCAAGAACGAAAAGAUAAUUAUAAUUCUUUUGAUAAAGAGACAAUUUUCAAACAAACCAAAUUUUGAAUAAACAAAAUAAACACAUGCACUAAUU